AUGUCUGCCGCGGUCGAAGAUGUGCAGGUACAGGCAAAUGCCGCGAGGCAGUGCAGUAACUUCACCUACAAGGGGCGUUGCGGCUACGCCAACUGCCGCUUCCUUCAUGAUGAGUCUGCGAGGCAGGCGGCCUUGGAAGAGAGGGCACAGGCGAAGCAGGCGACGAUUUCAAGAUCCUCUGCUAGCAUCAGGCCCUGCGAUGUUCCACCUCCGCCUCAGGGUAGGCCAAGCGUGCCGGCCAGCCUACGCUUCUUGUUGGGGGGUGAGUCCGUGCGCUCGCAUCCGUACCUGAAGAAGUUCGCGGCGAUGCCCUGGCUCCAGCGGCUCAUGGACUCGCCCUUCUGUCAGAAGCUCUUCCACGUCCAGGGCAAGAGGCUCCGCAAGGAGCUCACAGAGGCCAUCGGCCUGCUCCACGCAUGCGAACGUGCCUUGAGCAAGCACGCAGGGAAGGAGGACGAUGGAAGCAAAGGUCGCCCAGUGACCAUCGUGGAUUUGUGUUCUGGCAAAGGUUUCGGAAGUCUGGUUCUGGCAUGCUCUUUUCCCGAUUCGCAAGUCAUCGCGGUGGAUCUGAAUCCGAACAUGGACCUGGCGCACUUCGGACUUUGUCCCAACCUCUCCUUCAGAGAGAUGAACUUGGAAUCGGCCUCCACGACCGGUGAACUGGUUGACAUGCUCACAUCACGACCGCAAGACGGGCUGGUGCUGCUCGUUGGUGUCCACCUUUGCGGCAUGCUGUCCAUCCAUGCUGCGAGACUCUUCCGGCAGGUUCCUAGGCCUGCUGCCCUUGUCCUGGCGCCAUGCUGCUUGGACAAGCGGUUGCCAGGCAUCAAGCAGCGCGCGAAGAGAUUGGGAAUAGAUCCGUAUGUUUACUGGUGCCUGAAGCUGCUCAUCGAGGAGGUGCCUGCGAGCUGCAGGCGCGAGCUCUUCCAAGACGAUGACAUGCAGACUUCUCGCAAUUCCUUCGUGAUCGGACUCAAGUCCUGA